AUGGAUGAUCAACAUGAGUCAAUAAACCGAUCGUUACUGAAAUCUUCAUCGUUCAAACGUUCGACAACAGCAUCUGAAUAUACAUCAUGGUCCAAACAUCGUCCACUUACAGCUCGUCACACAACAACAACUGCAACUAAUAAUUGGACUACAAGUUCAAUACAAAAGUCAAAGUCUAUGGCUUCUCAUCUUCGUGCACGUACUGAAUCACCUAAAAGAGUGGACAUUGAUGAAACAACUCUCAAGGAAACAUUCAGUAAAGCAAUGAGAACUGAACGACAACUACUUGUUGCUUCACUUCGCAAAGAAAUGAAUAUGAAGAAGAGAACAUUACUUCGAACAAUUAAAAAAGAAAAAGAAGUGAUCUUACAAGCAACAAAAGAAGCUAACAAUAAGGAAGAAAUAAUUCGUCUAUUAGAAGAACAAAAAAAUUCUUUGGCAAUUGGAUUUGAAACAUGUGUUAGUACUACUACUACUGCAAUUGAUACUUUAAAGCAGGUAUUAAUAGAAACUCUAGAUGCACACCAUAAUACAUCACAAUCAAUGGAACAGCUUCAACUUACUUUAAUCCAGACAAUAGAGCAAGAAAUACAAAAAAUUAUAUUGAAAAAUGAAGAAAUUCUUAAAUCAACAUCUAUUGAAACUGAUGCUAUCAACCAGUUACAAAAUACUCUCGUACAAAAGUUAGAGAAUUUUUCUAUUACAAAGAAGCAUGACGAUGAUGUGACAUUAAAUCGCUUAUUUGCUGAACAGAAACAAGCGUUAACUGAUGCAGUGGCACAACAACAACAGACACUUUCACUGGAUCUCAUCAAACAAACAAUGGUUGAUGCUAUUAAAGAGCAACAAUUAUUGUCGGUCAAUAAUACCAAUAAUAUGAAAAAUCCUCAACAAUCAAUUGAUAAUACCAUCACUAAUGUAUUAACUCAACACACAUCACAAAACAGUAGUACUAUCGAUAACAAUAAUCUUCAUAGUUUGUUCAGAAUAGAAUCGAGCCAAUAUUCACGCAUCCAUAAUCAAUCGUCAAUAAAAGCAGUUUUAAAAAAAUCACCAGAUCAACAUUUGAUCAAAGUGUCUAUCAAAUCACCAGAACCUGCUCAUUUAUUUGCUAAAUUAGUUAUUGGUAGCACGAAAUAUUCAAGACGAUUGCAUACAUUAUGUCAACGUGAUAUGGUUCAAAAUGAUGUAUACAAUUGUUAUGUCGCUCCUCCUGCUAAAGAUGGUCCCUACGAAAUCACCAUUUAUGCCAAAACGAACAAGGACACAACAUAUCGAGCAGCCAUCUGUAUACGAUUACCUGGAUCAAACAUUGCCCAAUCAAUCACUUUUCCAAUAGUACAUCAAUCAUUUGAAGAACAUCAAUGUAUUUUGAUUGAGCCAUUCCAAGGUCUGUUGAGACAAAAUGAACAAGUACUAAUACAUAUGAUCGUACCCGGUGCUCAUAUAGUAAAAGUUCGCAACGGUGAUGAUAAUAUUGAACUCGACGCAAAUGAGUAUCAAAAAGACGUGGUUAAGAAGAAAAUACGAGUUCGAGGCGAUAUACAUAUUAUCGGUUGUUGGGACAACAAAACUGAUUCAACUAUUUGUGUUUUCAAUAUGAUUUGUUAA